AUAAUAUUUUGUAGAAAACAUUGCAGGUUUCAAUUAUGGAAAUUUUAUAAUAAUGAAGUUGUACAAAUGUAUUUAUUAGUAAUGGCGUUAAUUGUAUUACUUCAACAACAACAACAACGCCAAUAAAAGUAUUCAUUUUCUUACUUUAUUGAAAGGAUAAUUACCGGAGGAUAAUAAUAUUUAGUAAUUGAAUGUUAUAAUUUACAAAAAUUGAAUGAAACAGUCAGGAUCUAUUUACUUUUUCUUUAUUGUUGUGAUAAUUUAUUUGAAAAUACACUUAACAAAUAUUCUCAUGGAAGAGUCAUUUCAAUUGUUGAUAGAAUGAUUGGAUAAUCGACUAGAUUAUAAUGACAUAAAUUACCAAAAUAGACAUUGUAUCAGUUAGUGAUUCGUAUCAUCACUCCUCGUUUUUUCUCUCAGAAUGAUUCAAUUUCAUUCAUUAAAAAAAUAGAACAUACUGUAAACUGUAAUGUGACAAUGAUAUUGUGUAUAACUGUAUUAUUGAUGACAUGAUAAUUAUUGUCUUUAUUAGUCAAUAUUUACUGUGUAUAGAAACAAGUGAAAAUAUGUUUCAAUCUUUGAAGGUCGAUUUACCAAAUUAUAAAACACAAAUCAAUUUUCACAACGAUAUGAAUCAAUCAAAUGAUUCACAAUUGAACUCCAAGCGGAUACAUAUAAUAUCUUCUAACACUACAAAUGAAUAUCAUCCUAGAGAAGAACACAAAUUUCAUAAUAAUAAAUCGGUAGAAAGCCAUGGCGACUACCAUCAUUCAUCAUUAUCAUCAACAUCAAUAACAACACCAGUGAACGAAGUGAAAACAACAAUCAAUUUCAUAACAUUUAAAAUAUCCGAUUGUUACCUACAUAAUCCAUCUAUGCAUUUGUACGAGAAAUUCCGUCUACAGUUUACAUUUCGUACAUCUCAGGAACACGGUUUAAUAUUAUUCAACUCAGAUAAAUAUGGGGUUGAUUUUUUAGCAUUUGAAUUAAUCAAAGGUUAUUUACAUUUCGUCUUCGACAUGGGAAGCGGAUCUCAACGUUUUGCAUUGACUGCACAUAGUGUUACUGAUUCUAAAUGGCAUAAUGUGGAAUUGUUUAGAAAAGAUCUUGAAAAUAAUAUACUCCAAUUAUAUAUUGAUCGGAAUCAAAGUAUUGAACAAUCUUUGAAGAUACCUGUUUUCAAUGGUGACAUUGCAAGAAAUUUCAAUUUAAAUGAUCCACUAUAUAUCGGUGGUAUAUCUCAACUUGUAUUCUUGAAAUGGAGAGAGAAACUCAGUUCAUACCAUGGAUUUCAGGGUUGUCUAGGCAAUUUCUCUAUAAAUGGACUACCUCCAUUUGAUUUAUUAAAUAUGGCUAAGUUAAAAUAUGCGAAAAAUUGGACAUUACCUGUCUGUCGAGAUCAAAUCGUGGACAAUUGUCAUUAUCGACCGAAAGGAGUAUUGAACUGUAAUCAAAUUCAACGUAUUCAAAAUCAUUCAACUAUUACAAGAACAAAUAAAAAUGUUGAUGGAGAUAAUGAUAAUAAUAAACUAUUUCAACCAUAUUGCUUAAAUGAUGGAAUUUGUUUACAUACAUGGUUAGGUGUUAAGUGUGCCUGUGAAUUGACUACAUUUGAUGGGCAUCGAUGUAUAAAAGCUGGAACAACAUUUGCAUAUGGUGUUAAGUAUGAUACAACUAUAAGUUAUAAUUUAUCAAAUAAUAUCAAUCAAACAAUUGAUAAUGAUAAUGAUCAUAUUGGUUAUUUACGUUUAAUUUAUACAGAUCGUGUAAGAAAUACAAGACAAGAUGAAUUUGUACUUGGUAUUCAAACAAUUUUAACAAAUUUAACUUAUAAUAAAAACCAACACAAAAAUAAUGAACAAAUUUCUCAUAAUUACAUAACCACUUUAUUAUUUGUUACUAGUUUAACACAAAUUGGUGAUUUUAUACAUUUAUUUUUAGAAUCAGGUGUAGUGCGGCUUAAUUAUAACAUGGGUGGAGGUGUGGUUCACAUCAGUGGACCUAAUUUCCCAAUCAACGAUGGAUUUUAUCACCGAAUCCGAGGCUAUCGUGUCGAUCGUCAGAUAAUUCUUGAAGUAGAUGACUCAAGACAUACAUAUGAACUAAACAGUAUAUAUGGGAAACAGUUCAAUAAUCAAAAAGUUAUUUGGCUUGGACAUGCACCACGAUUAAAUAAGACAGACUUUUUUCAUGGUUACAUGACUGGUGUUUACUAUAAUGGAUUACUAUUGCAUGAUAUAGCUGCCGGUUUAUCCUACGUAAUGUAUAUACAUGUGACACGAUUUGGAAAUGUGAAGCAUACACCAAAAUUUCAACCGAAAUUACUCAAAUCUGACUACUAUAAAGAUUCAUUGUUAUUUCUUGAAGAUAACAACUAUACUUUAAGUUCAACCUAUUUUUUUAAUAGUGGAGUAAACUACGUGAAUCGUGAUGAACCAGUUAGUGAAGAGAUAACAAAACAAAUCUUAACCAAUUCAUUACCAUUUCAUUUUUAUUCCAAUUCUUCCUCUUCAUUAUUAUCUUCAUUGAACUAUGAGUAUUUUAAUAACAAUAUUUCUAAUGAAUCUAUACAUUCAGAUAUAAUUCAUUCACAGACAAAUUAUUUACAAUAUAAUAAAUGGAAAGUGUUUAAAACAAUGAGUCGUUUACAUGAACAAGUUAAUAUUUGGCUGUUAAUUAGUUUAGCCGGUGCUGGCCUAAUAAUGUUAAUCUCAGUUACAUUUCUAGCUUAUAGAUGUCAUCGUAAUAAACAUAUAAAUUCACAUUGUUCUAAAUUAACUGAAACAAAGCAAAUGAGUCAUUUACAUCAAUUCUCUCCGACAUCAGUUACUUAUAGAACUGCUUCAGUAGGUUCUUUAUUAAGUAUGGAUGAUAUAAGAUAUACUAUGAUAUCUAAACGAUUAAAACAAAAUCAAGAACAAUUAUCAUCAGUUUCAGAUGAUCAAUCACAUUCACUAUGUGAUCGAACAUCAAUUAGUGGAUAUAAAAUCAAUUAUUCUAAUACUACAGUAACACCUUUUAUCUUAGUAACUGAUUCAAUAAAUUUACCAAGAAAAUCAUCAACAGGAAUAGAUCAUUACAAUUUAAUAAAAACAUCUUUACCUAAAUUAGGUUCAAUGCAUUUCAAUGUUAACGAGCUUCCAAUUAAAACAUUUGAACAAUAUAUACCAGAUAAAUAUUUAAAAGAUAAUGAAUAUAAAGUUGUUUUAAAUGUUUCUGAUAAUGAUUAUUUAAAAACACAAUAUAUACAUGGGUUUAUUGAUACAUUAAAUAAUGGACAAUUCAGUACAGGCUCUUCAAUAGAAACAUCCCAAAUGAUGUAGUAUUCAAAUAUCAAGUUACUAUAUAUAUUAAUGAAAUUCUGAAUCAAGUUUAUUAUGUUAUGAAUAAAUGACAAAUACCUAUCAACAAUCUAAAUAAAGAGGGUAUUAUUUUUAUGUAGAAAGAAAGAUUUCCGGUAUGUUAGCUCAUUUUUAUAUGACAUAUAUAUAUAUAUAUCUAUCAAAAUGACUUUACAUCAUUUGCUCUGUAUGCAGCGAUAAACAUUGUAAAUAAAAUUAUAUUUCAGGUAGGCUUGUCUUCUCAUUCUCUUUGAAUUAUGCGCAAGUCUUGAUUGAUUUUAAUGAGAUAAUAACGAAAAAAUCAACGAUAAAUGUUAUUUGAAAAUGUCAAAUAUUUAACGGUAAAUAAAUAUUAUCAGUAUAUAGUUGUGGAGAUUGUUAGGUUCUUGAUUAAGAUCAUGAAUCAAACGAUGUUAGAUCGUGCGCGAGACCAAAGGUCCUGGGUUCGAGUCUAGUGUGCGGAAUUAUGGAUGAACACUGUUAAGGAGUCACAUACUAAGACAAAAUGGCCAUCUAGUGCUUCAAGGUUUUCAAUGGUGGUUUAGGUUGAAUCAACUCAUGAUCUCAAUUAAAAAUAAAUAAUAAUCAUUGAUAAUUCUGCUUAACAACAUUGAAUGUUACGCAAUUAACAAAGAUAGUUCCUUAGAAAGCUAUAUAAUUGAAAGCUCAAAGAUGAUUGUUUUGAAUGAUUGAUCCGAUAUAUUCUUUAAUAAUUCAUGAACAUCAAAUGUAUUCUCAUGCAAGUAUCACUGUCGGAAGAAGUAUUAAAUUUAUGGUCGAAAAGAAGAUAUUGAUCAUUAAAUUAAUCGGUACCAUAGGUAGUCCUAGCUCUUUUAGAAUCUCAAACGAGAAGAGUAAGUAGAAAACGUAAUUAAUCAGUCAGCCUGAUUAACAAUUGUGUAAGUUCUAUCUUGGGUUCGACUAUAUUAUGACUACUUCAUUUAUAUAAAUGUAUAGGAAAUAACUUAUAAGUCCGAGUGUACUGCCAUUUUAUUUAACAUCAUUUACCAUGUCAAAUUACUACACGCUCUCAAUUGGUUCAGUAGAAAAUUGCAUUCAAUUAGCAUUGUAAUAGAAUGUUCUGAAAUUCUUACUGAAAUAUUACAAAAUCAGUUUCAUUGGCGAAGGAUGGUACGGCACAACUAUUAUUAGAAAAC